GUUGACAGCCGCUAUUUCUGUUAUUCUAUUUUUUGUCCAAUGAACUACAUGUGGCAGUUUGUAUAAUAAAGUGGAAAAGUAUCAGUAAUUUAUAGAAAAUGACUAGCUUAAAGCGUGAAAUUGAUACAUUACAUGAAUUAGAACAACUGACAGCUGAGCUGCGUGCGCAAAUUGAUGAUACGAAGAAUGCUGUAGGUUUGGAAGAACAUGACGACAGCCUAAUGAAAUUGCAAUUGGAAAAUACAAAGCUUAAACAUCGUUUGGCUGUAUUACAAAAUGCUUUGGAAGUUGAGAAAAAUACCCAGGGUGGUAGUGCUGCUGUAAAACCUUUCGUUCCAGCCAUUAUUCCAGAGCAAAUUAAUGAAAUGAUUUCUAUUAGUGAUCAUUUGUUGGAUUUAUUUACAAAUGCCAUUGCCAAAGCUUACCCUCAAUUAGCCGGUACAUCAGCUAUUAUUUCGCCCGUAAAUUCGAAUGCAGCUAAGUUUGGCGAUUAUCAAUGCAAUAGUGCCAUGUCUUUAUCAAAAACUCUUAAAGCAAGUGGCGUUAAUAAGUCACCACGUGACAUUGCCCAAGAGGUAUUAAAACAAUGUCAAGUUUCGCCUGUGGUUGAGAAAAUGGAAGUAGCUGGUGCUGGAUUUAUAAAUGUGUUCUUAAAAAAAACCUACGCCAUUGAGGCAUUAGCCAAUAUGUUGUGUACCGGUGUUAAAGCUCCUCAUAUUAAACGCCAACGUAUUCUCGUUGAUUUCUCCUCGCCAAAUAUUGCCAAAGAAAUGCAUGUGGGCCAUUUACGUUCCACCAUUAUUGGUGAAUCGAUUUCCCGUUUAUUGGAAUUUAUGGGUCACGAUGUGUUGCGUGUUAAUCAUUUAGGUGAUUGGGGUACACAAUUCGGUAUGUUGAUUGCUCAUUUGGAAGACAGAUUUCCCAACUUCCUCAGUGAGAGUCCACCUAUAAGUGAUUUACAAGCUUUCUACAAAGAAUCCAAAAAGAGAUUCGAUGAAGAUGAAGAAUUCAAAAAACGUGCCUACAACCGUGUAGUCCAGUUACAAAGUGGCGAGCCAAAUUCAACUAAAGCCUGGAAAUUGAUAUGUGAUGUGUCGCGUCGUGAAUUCCAAAAAAUUUACGAUCGCUUGGAUGUUCAUCUGACCGAAAAGGGAGAAUCAUUUUACCAAAGCCGCAUGGUUGAGGUGGUAAAAUAUUUAAAAUCUAAAAAUCUUUUAGAAUUCGAUGAGGGUAGACAAAUUAUGUGGGCUACCGCAGAGAAAGACUCGAUACCGUUAACUAUUGUAAAAUCAGAUGGUGGUUUCACUUAUGAUACAUCCGAUAUGGCUGCUAUACGCUAUAGAAUCGAAGAAGAAAAGGCAGAAUGGAUAAUUUACGUAGUAGAUGCUGGACAAAAUACCCAUUUGAAGAAUAUUUAUUUGGCUGCCGAAAGAUGUGGUAUUAUGGAUCCUCAAAAGCAUCGUGCAGACCAUGUGCAAUUCGGUGUAGUGCUGGGUGAAGAUGGUAAGAAAUUUAAGACUCGUUCGGGUGAUACUGUCAAGUUAUCCGAUCUCUUGGAUGAAGGUCUAAAGAGAUCUCUGGAGAAACUUCUGGAAAAGGAACGUGACAAGGUAUUGACUCCCGAAGAACUUAAGGCUGCCCAAGAAUCUGUAGCUUAUGGUUGUAUUAAAUACGCUGAUUUAAGUCACAAUCGCACCAAUGAAUAUGUAUUCUCAUUCGAUAAAAUGUUGGAAGAUCGUGGCAAUACGGCUGUUUAUCUUCUAUAUGCCUACACUCGCAUUUGCUCUAUAUCACGCAACAGCGGUGAAGAUUUCUCCGAUUUGUCUAAAGUUUUACAAACAUGUAAACUAGAAUUGGACCACGAAAAGGAAUGGAAAUUGGCGAAAACUUUGCUCAAAUUCCCCGAUAUGUUGGUGAAAAUCUCCAAGGACCUAUUGCUGCAUCUACUCUGCGAAUACUGUUACGAAGUGUGUACGGUAUUUUCGGAAUUCUACGAUAGUUGUUAUUGCAUUGAAAAGAACAAGGAAGGAAAGAUUGUUAAAGUCAACCGUAGUCGUAUAUUGUUGUGUGAAGCUACAGCAGCGGUAUUGAAAAAUUGCUUCAAUAUUUUGGGUUUGAAACCAGUGGCUAAGAUUUAAAAUUGUUCAUAAAAACAGAAACGACAAUGAUCACAUUAUGUAUAACAUUUUCACUUAAAUUUGUUUAAACUUAAUAACAAUAAAGUACUGCUUUGAUAUUUAAUAUUGAAGAAAAAUAAAUAAAAAAAUAAA